GCUCCCUGCCCGCGGGGCUGAGCUGCAGGCGCCGGUCCGCCCGCCCCCGUCCCCGGCCGCCGGUCGCGGGGCGCGGAGCCCGCGCGGGGCCGGCGUGAGCAACGCAGUCGGGCGGCGGCGGAGUCCGAGCCGCGCGUCCCUCCGCGUCCUCCGCCCGUGCCGGGCUGGCGCCGCCGGGGGACCAUGGUGUUGGACCAGGAGGACGUUCGUAGUUCCUUGCAAUUCUGAGGCACAAAAGUAGGUGAGACUGCUUUUGUAUCUGCGAAGUGCUUCGCUCCUGAAUGUAAUUCUAGCUGAGUGCAAUCUAGGUUAAGAGCCGGACAAGCGGGUAAUUAGAGCCCGCUAGCUGCCCGAGGACCGGCCGCCCCGCCGAAGCGCGCCCAGAGUCGGCGCCCUUCUCCCGGUCAAGCCGAGCUGCGGCUGGACACGGAGCGCCCGAGAUGAUGGUGCUGGACAAGGAGGACGGCGUGCCCAUGCUCUCCGUCCAGCCCAAAGGCAAGCAGAAGGGCUGUGCGGGCUGCAACCGCAAGAUCAAGGACCGCUACCUGCUGAAGGCACUGGACAAGUACUGGCAUGAGGACUGCCUCAAGUGUGCCUGCUGUGACUGCCGCCUGGGCGAGGUGGGCUCCACCCUCUACACCAAGGCCAACCUCAUUCUGUGCCGGCGCGACUACCUGAGGCUUUUUGGCACCACGGGCAACUGCGCUGCCUGCAGCAAGCUGAUCCCAGCCUUCGAGAUGGUGAUGCGGGCCCGGGACAAUGUCUAUCACCUCGACUGUUUCGCUUGCCAGCUCUGCAACCAGAGAUUUUGUGUGGGAGACAAAUUCUUCCUGAAGAACAACAUGAUCUUGUGUCAGAUGGACUAUGAGGAGGGACAGCUCAAUGGCACCUUUGAAUCCCAGGUUCAGUAAUGCCCAGCGCCUGGCCUCCAGGCCCAUCUGUCCGUCUGCCUGUCUGCCCGUCUGCCCGUCUGCCCACCCGCCUGGCCGGCCAGCCACUCUCCUGCCGAUUAGAACUCCUCCGUCCUCGAUGGGAGGGAUGGCCCUUCCUCCGCUGCCCGUCUGUGUGUGACCCCUCCUGGGGCCAGGCUGGGCCUGUACAGUCUGUCUUCUGUAUAUAAAUGGGAACAUUUAUUUUAUGAGAAAUGUAAUGCGAUUUUAUUACUGGCGUGGAUUAAACUUAUGAAUGUUUCCGGGGAGGUUACUGUGCGUUGAUCA